AUGCAGGUGGAAAACGAUUUAACUGAAGCAGAACUUCAACGUGCACACCUAUAUGUGUUAGCAAAUACAGGCAUCUUACAAGAAUUUGAAAAGGGUUUCGAGGACCACAUUCUUCAAAUUCGACCUACUCUACGUGCAGAAGAUGUGUGGGUGCAACAUGAAGCAGAAUACCUUGAUUGGUUUAGAUCGAAAGUUAUUCAAGACAAACCAAAUGAUGAUGUAUUGUUUGCUUUAGCAAUGGGUCCUUCGACAUUAGUUCGCACUUGGAAUGGAUACUAUGUUAAUGGAUACAAUUUCCAAACACAAGGAUCAAGCAAACACAAGUCCACCAUGAAUUAUGGAGUGUGUGUGUCUAAUGACGGAGGGAGUGAUUUCUUUGGGAUUCUAGAUGAUGUUAUAGAAUUGAAGUUUACUGGUGCACUUAGGCAAUAUAACACUAUUUUAUUCAAGUGCAAUUGGAUGGACAAUGUCAGGGGAAUGAACAUCGAUCAAUACAAGCUAGUUGAAGUCAACCAUACCAAGAAAUACCCCAAGUUUGAUCCCUUUGUGCUAUCAUACCAGGUUAGCCAAGUAUACUUCGCACCGUACCCAAGCUUGAAAAGAGAUCGUGCUCAAUGGUGGGCUGUGUUUAGGACAAAGGCAAGGUCUGUGAUUGAUGCUCCUGUUGACUUCGACUUCCUUCAGGAACAAGUGUUGGGACUCCAACUCUUUCUGAUCCAAGUGAUAUUCCCGAUUAUGAAGAGGGAGCUUUUUGAGUCACCAGGAGCUCCAGAAAGCCCGAACCUUGGCUCUGAGACCAACGAGAUGAUUCAGAGGCACGUGACAUUGGUGACCGCGUACCGGAGACGCCGAGCAGCCAGAGGGAGAAGGCUGAAGGGUCACACCGUGCAUCAAAAGGGUUUUGAGCCCUACUGGAUUGUGGUUUGA